AUGCUUGUGAUUAAUGCUAAGGGAAGGAAUUCUAAAAAUAGCAUGAAAUUUAAAUUCAAGUAAUUAGAUAGAAACUAAAAAUUUGUUUAGGUUUCAAUGGUAAUUAAUAGCUUUUUAGAGGCUACCUGUGGAGAAGGAGUAAAUAUACAAAAAAAUAAGGUAUGAUUGGUGUAAUAAUUACAAUUUAAUUGCCAGGAAUUAGAUAGAACAAAAAAUAGAAUGAAUGAAGUAAAAUUUUGUAAGAUCAAGAAUGAUAGUCAUUAAGAAUUAGCAUUAGGAGUGUUCCAAUAUGUUUAAAGGUAGGAAAGAAGGAGAAUGAUGAAUAUUAAUUUGAGAUUAUUGUGUGAGAAAUAUUUGAAUCGAAUUCAUGAGAGAAUGAAUGAUUUAAUUAAAGUAAUUAAUUUUAAUAAAUCAUCAAUGAGAAAACAGAAUGAGUAUGGUUUUAAUUUGUGGUAAAUAUACAUCAGUUUUAGAAAAUGCUGGUGUAGAAGGUCUUAUCUUAAGUUGAAGAAAGAAUUCAGAGUCAAAAGAAAGACAAUAAUUAUAAAUUUAAAUUGUUGUUACAACUAAUUAAAUAAAUAUAAUAAUUAUUUUUCUUGUUUUGA